UUUUGUUCACAAGUAAAGGGGACGUCAUCGUGGAAGAAGCGAACAGGGACUCCACUUUCCCAACUCAGGAUUUGGAUAAUUUGUCGGAUAUUACCAGAACCGAUGCAUGGAGUACGACUUGUAUAGGAGUUUAACUUCGUGAUGCAGCCCCUAGUCUUUUGGAUCUGUACCUUUUUUGUGCUACUAAGAACGACAGAAACAGAGGGGUCAUCACCAGCUUGCCUUCAAACAAAUCCAUGCAAUUGUAGGAACGGGGGCUGUUGUACGGUAUCAGAAUCAAACGGAACUCCACAUUGCGAUUGUGGCAAUGAAUUUGUAGGGUCAACAUGUCAGCACCCAAACCCCUGUCGUCCAGAGAACCACUUCUGUAACAAUGGCGGUACCUGCCAUGUGGUGGUGGCCGGGCCCACCUUGACCACCACCUGCACAUGUCCACUGGGCUUCAGUGGCUCCCUCUGUGAAAUAAAAGACCCAAGAAGUGCCUGCUACAACGAUCCGUGCCACCAGGGAAAAUGUCGUUUGGAUGGCUCCCUGUCAAAUUACGUCUGUGACUGCUCACCAGGUUAUACAGGGAGACAUUGCAAUCAAACAGACCAUUGUGCAUCGCAACCAUGCCGUAACCAAGGCACAUGCACCAACACACUAUCAGGGUAUGUUUGCACGUGCCAACAAGGCUUCCGUGAUGGAACAUGCACAACAGAUAUCAACGAAUGUGCAGAGAUACCAAAUCUAUGCAAAAAUGGUGGAACCUGUGAGAAUACAUACGGAUCUUAUAGGUGCCUGUGCCAUCCAACUUUUACUGGAAAAAAUUGUAGUGAAAUCUACCGCCCUUGCAUAUCAGAUCGUCCUUGUUUAAAUAGAGGUUCUUGUACACCAACAUCAAACUUGACUUAUUCUUGUAGUUGUGCACAAGGAUUCCAAGGCACAAACUGCGAAAUAAAUAUAGAUGACUGCGGUAACCACAGAUGUCAACAUGGUGGUAUCUGUAUUGAUGGCGUCAACGACUACACCUGUAACUGUCCGAGUCACAGACAAGGUCGUUAUUGCGAGCAAUAUCUCGAUCCCUGCAACUCUCAUCCGUGUUUGCAUGGCAGCACGUGCACCAACGAAACCGAUGGCAGUUUUCGAUGUCUUUGUGUGAACGGAUGGGAAGGACCUCUGUGCGAAGUCAACAAGGACGAUUGCGCAAACCACCCUUGCUUUCAUGGCGGCACAUGUCACGACAAAGUUGGCUACUUUUGGUGCGAGUGUCCUGUAGGGAUGACAGGUCUACACUGUCAUCUGAACGACUCUUGUUUAAGUAACCCUUGCAGUGCUGGAAGCAACUGUGACACAUCGCCAAUUGAUGGCGGCCAUAUUUGUUCCUGUGAGCGAGGCUUUACGGGAACUAACUGUGAAGUGGAUAUAAAUGAAUGCAAUGAAGGAGCCAUGGAUCUGUGUGAACAUGGUGGUUCUUGUGUCAACACCCCAGGGUCAUACUACUGCGACUGCCGCAUAGGAUACUCAGGACCGCGCUGUGAGGAUAACAUUAACGAGUGUGCAUCGAACCCGUGCCAAAACGAUGGCACAUGUCUGGAUGAAGUGGGACAUUUUCGCUGCUUGUGCAUGCCUGGUUACACAGGAACUCUCUGUGAGGCUGAUAUUGAUGAGUGUCAAAGCAGCCCUUGCCAGAAUCACGGCAUUUGUGUUGAUUCAAUAGGUCAAUACUCUUGCCAGUGUCAAGCAGGCUUCUCGGGUCCACGUUGUCAAAUUAACAUUGAUGACUGUGACAGCAACCCCUGCCGGUUUGGGACAUGCGUGGACAUGAUCAACGGAUAUCUGUGUGACUGUACCAGAGGUUUUACUGGCAGAAACUGUGAAUCUAACAUAGACGACUGCGUGGGAAUAAACUGUAACCAUGGAGUGUGCGUGGACGGCUACGCCAGUUUUAACUGUAGAUGUCACCCUGGGUACACUGGGAGAUAUUGUGAAAGUGAGAUCAAGGAAUGUAACAGUGCUCCAUGUAUGAACAACGGGACGUGUACCGACCUGAUCCCUGGGUAUUCGUGUCGCUGUCCCCUGGGGACUCAAGGCAACAAUUGUGAGGUGAACAUCAAUGAGUGUGCCAGCAACCCAUGUCAGUACGGCUCCUGUGUAGACCAGCUGAAUGGAUACAGGUGUCAAUGUAAUCCUGGCUUUACAGGCACCCACUGUGAAAUCAACAUUGAUGAGUGCGCCUCCAACCCAUGCCACAAUAAUGGCCGCUGCACUGACUUGAUCAACGAAUACACGUGCGAAUGUCCACCUGGAUACUACGACCUCAACUGUCUCUCCAAUGUGAAUGAGUGUGACAGUAACCCUUGCCUGAAUGGAGGACGCUGUAUUGAUGGGGUGGACAGGUUCAAUUGUUCCUGUCCACGAGGAUAUGAAGGUUUCCGCUGCCAACAAGAGACCAAUGAGUGUUUGUCUAAUCCCUGCCAGCACAGUGGUUCCUGUAUUGAUAGACUGGGAUAUUACCAGUGCUCUUGUCAACCUGGCUAUACAGGAGUGAACUGUGAGUCCAAUAUAGACGACUGCGCCAGCAACCCGUGCAGACACGGUGACUGUAUUGACCAGGUGAACGCCUAUCGCUGUGUGUGCAACCUGCCCUUCACAGGGAGGAACUGCGACGUUGAGAUGAACCCGUGUCAGCCCAACCAGUGCCAGAAUGGCGCCCCGUGUCAGGUGUCAGCUGACUACCAGGACUUUGCCUGCCAGUGUCUGGGGCUAGGGUACACAGGACGGUUCUGCGAACAGGACAUAGACGAGUGUGCCUUGGUGGCACCCUGUGCUAAUGGCGCCACCUGUAAAAACACCAACGGUUCCUAUGCCUGUAUUUGUACCACUGGUUUUGAGGGCAGACACUGUGCCGUCAACAGAGAUGACUGUGCACAUGAUCCAUGUCAAAAUGGUGGAACAUGUCGCGAUGAAAUUGGUGGAUACACCUGCAUGUGCGUCAGUGGGUUUGGUGGCCAUCACUGCCAAGAGGACGUGAACGAGUGUCUGUCAAACCCGUGCCAGAAUGGUGCUACGUGCACAGACUACGUGAAUUCGUACACGUGCAGAUGUCAGCCUGGUUUUAGUGGAGUGCAUUGUCAGAUCAAUGAUAAUGACUGUACUUCAAGUUCCUGCCUGUAUGGAGGCACUUGCAUAGACCUGGUGAACUCUUUCCGCUGUCACUGUGCACCAGGGUACACAGGGUCUAACUGCCAGCAUAAGAUCAAUGCCUGUGAGUCCCAACCAUGUCUGAACAGUGGGACCUGCUCCCUGGUUGCUGGCUCAUACAAGUGUCAUUGUCCCUAUGGUUAUACUGGACCACAGUGUGAGAGCUUUGUGGAUUGGUGCAGUCUUGGACCAUGUCAAAACGGCGCCACCUGUGAGCAGAUAGGGAAUCGCUACCAGUGUCUGUGUAAAGCAUGGUGGACAGGGCGUUACUGUGACGUGGGCCUCGUGUCCUGUGCGGUGGCGGCCAACACCAAAGGCGUCUCCCUGAGCAAUCUGUGUGCUCAUGGCGGAACAUGCCGGGAUGUUGGAAACUCCCACGUGUGCGACUGCCAUCCAGGUUACACUGGGAGUUACUGCGAGACUGAGAUCAACGAGUGUGAGUCCGUCCCGUGCCAGAAUGGCGGUACAUGCAUAGAUGGUAUAGGCACGUACAGGUGUCAGUGCGCCGCGGGCUACAAUGGCAGCCAAUGUCAGACAGACAUAAAUGAAUGCCUUCCAAAGCCCUGUUACAAUGGCGGUACGUGUCAUGACCUUCCCCAUGGUUUCCACUGUGCCUGCCGACCUGGGACGCUGGGGAAACUGUGUGAGAUUAACGUCGUGGAUUGUUACAGUGGGGCGUGUCACAACAACGGGACAUGCAUUGACCGUGUUGGGGGAUUCGAAUGCCGCUGUCCACCAGGAUUUGUUGGCGAUCGUUGCGAAGGGGACGUGAACGAGUGCCUGUCUGAUCCUUGCCUGUCACCAGGGUCACAGGAUUGUAUCCAGUUGGUUAAUGAUUAUCGCUGUGACUGUAACCCCGGCUGGACGGGCCGCCACUGUGAAACCUUGCAGGACUUCUGCAGUUCUAAUCCCUGCCAAAACAAUGCUGCUUGUGCUGGUUCUGUUUGUAUCUGUCAACAGGGUUACUCUGGCACAUACUGUGAAUUCCACCAUGUCCAGUGUGCAAGUUCUCCAUGCCAGAACGGCGGCAGGUGUAUUCCUAAUGCACAGAGUUACACCUGUGAAUGUCCGCCAAACUUUGUAGGCGGAGGAUGUGAGGUGGACAUUAGAAAUGAAUGUGAUUCCAAUCCAUGCAGAAACAAUGGAUCCUGUCUCGAUAAAGAUGGCUUCUACCAGUGUGACUGUCCACCCUCGUACCGGGGCACCAACUGCCAGGUGUUUGACCCCAAUGCCCCUGGUGGUAUCGGAGAGCCCGUGGGGCCGGACUUCACCACUCUUAGUCCACUGGACAUUCUGAGACUGGAGUGCAAAAAACUGGACUGCGACAACAAGGCGGGCAAUGGGAAAUGUGAUGAGGAGUGUAACAAAUAUGCCUGUGGUUAUGACGGUAAAGACUGCUUCGGUGUCUCACCUUGGCAAAACUGCACUGUAGUCAAAGAUGACACAUUUUGCUACCAGCUUUUCAACAACAGCAUUUGUGACGAGCAGUGUAACACGCCAGAGUGCCUCUUUGAUGGUUUCGACUGUGAGCCUCGUCUUGGAGAGUGCAACCCCAUUUUCGAUCCGUACUGUAGGAAUCACUAUGCGAACGGACACUGCGACAGAGGCUGCAAUACGGAGGAAUGCAACUGGGAUGGAGACGAUUGUCUUGGAGAUGUGCCCUUGCAAACUGCUGAUGGUGUCUUGGUCCUCAUUGUCCGUGUGCCACCGGAUGUUUUCAGGAAUAAGUCUGUGGACUUCCUACGUAAUCUUGGCAGACUUCUUCGCGCUGUGGUCAAAGUAAAGAAGGAUGCAAACGGGGCGGACAUGAUUUAUCCUUGGCACCCCGAAACCAAUGAGGUCAGGGUGAAGAGAUUUGUCAAAGAUAUCCUACGAAGAUUUAGAAGAAAUGAUGAUGAAUGGACCAAAGUGUACUUGGUGGUUGACUUGACCAAGUGUAUAGAGCUUCAGCAAGAAUGCCUUGGGACAGCUGACACUGUGGCCCAGUUCAUAGCCGCUGCCAUUAAGAAUAAUAAUUGGAAACCUUCUUUAGACAUAUCCAAAGUCUCAAGUGAAGAUGGAACAACGGACGUUACACCAUCAACUCCAAUCAAUGUAGCCUAUAUCGUCAUUGGUGCUGUCAGUAUCCUAGUGGUUGCUCUUCUCCUCGGUGUACUCAUAACAACGACACGGAAACGCAAGAUUGCACGUGGAGUGACCUGGUUCCCCGAAGGUUUCUUUGCGACUGCCAGCCACAAGAAUUCACGGAAGGGUUCCAAGACUAGAAAAGGACCAGAUGGGCAGGAGAUGAAGAACUUCAAUGGUGGUCAUUGUGAUGGUCAAGUGCCCCUGGACGUUACUGACAAUGGUUCCCCAGAUGCAUGGAGUGACGAUGAACCUCCAAUGAAACAAAAGAAAAUGAAGAUGGACCAACAGGGAGAUGCCCAGGUCCAUGGAGAAGACUUUGACGAGAUGGACACCAGGCAGUGGACACAGCAACACUUGGACGCGGCCAAUGUUCACAACCCGUCCAUUCUGGCCCUCACACCACCGCAAGGUGACGAACAUUACGACACCAAGAAUGUGGACAUUAAAGGACCAGAUGGCCUAACGCCUUUGAUGGUGGCGGCAAUCCGAGGGAAUGGUCUAGAGUUUGAUGAUGAAAGCAGCGGUUCUGGGUCAGGGUCAGGGUCAGCCGAGGGUGGUGAAGAUGAAGGCGUGGGCAAUGUCAUAUCUGAUCUACUGAUGCAGGGAGCUGCCAUUAACAUGCAGACUGACAGGACUGGUGAGACAGCGCUCCACUUAGCUGCACGAAAUGCACGUGCUGAUGCAGCAAAACGACUGCUGGAUGCGGGUGCCGACCCUAACACGCAGGACAACACUGGCAGAACCCCUCUCCACACUGCAGUGGCUGCCGAUGCUAGCGGAGUCUUCCAGAUUUUGCUGAGGAACCGUGCGACCAAUCUUAACGCCCGCAUGCAUGAUGGUACCACCCCCCUGAUCUUGGCAGUGAGACUGGCAGUGGAGGGAAUGGUAGAGGAACUGAUGAAUGCUGAGGCAGAUGUUAACUCUACUGAUGAAUAUGGUAAGACAGCCUUACACUGGGCUGCAGCAGUCAAUAAUGUGGAUGCCACCAUGGUACUUAUGCAGAAUGGGGCGAAUAGAGACGCCCAGGAUAACAAGGAGCAAACACCGCUGUUUCUGGCAGCAAAGGAAGGAAGUUUGGAAGCAGCAAGGAUUCUUUUGGAUAACUUUGCAAAUCGCGACAUCACCGACCACAUGGAUCGCCUUCCACGAGAGAUAGCCGAGGAGAGAAUGCACCACGAUAUAGUGCAGUUACUUGAUAGCUAUGGGGUGGGCAGCCCCAUGAUGGCCAACGGCAUGGCCACAUCCCCACAUAUGCAAAAUCCACACCAGCAGUUUAUGACCCCUAACGGUCACUCAAAGAAGUCCAAGAGCAAGCGGUCACGGCAAAACAGCACCGGUAGUAGUAAUCACAAUAAUAUUCACAAGGGACCCAUCUCUCCCGAUGGGGCUGACAGAACUGUGGCCAAUAAGCCUCCCAGGUCACGGAAAAAGAAAACCAACAGCCAGAGUAAAAACUCACAACCCAGGAAUCUCUCCAGUAGUACAGAUUCCUCCCCUCACCACUCCCUGGGUUCACCAGGCAGCUUUAACGAGCUUACUCAGACUUUCACUGACUCAUGCAAUGGGCAUCUAUCUAUGGCCCAGCAAGGCAUGCAUGCUCUAGAGGACAUGCAUCCGUCGUGUGCAUUACAAACGGGGUACGACGACCCGAUGAUAUCUGGGUACAGUCACACGAGCCCGCACCAUCUUGGUGGAGGAGGAGGAGGGCCGGAUUCAAAUCAUUUGGAGUUGUGGGAGCAGUCACAACAACAGCAAAUGUCACAGCAACAACAACAGCAGCAGCAGCAGGCCCAGCGCUUGCCUUCCACUGGUUCACAAGGCAGUUUAUCCUCCAUGUCGCCGCCUCUGUCCCACGGGAGUCCCCCCAGCGUGACGUCCCCUGUGAAGAAAAGCUUCCCAACCUCUCCCAUGCAUCAGCUAGCCAUGCAGCAGAGCCUCCGCAUGCAGGCCAGUCCCCCCAAUUACUACAACGGCAGUGAGUGCAGUCCACACAGUAGUCCACACAAUUACUACAACAGCGACUGCAGUUAUGGCAACAACGUUCCCCAGCAGCAGACUGCGACGGGAUAUCGCAUUAACGUCGGGAUCGGUCAGUACCCGACUCCUCCCUCCCAUCACAGCCAGAUGAGCACAGAGUCGACGCCUCAGCGAAUUGCACAGGUGGCGCUACCCGAGCACUACUUGACACCGUCCCCCGACUCUCCUGGCCAAUGGUCAAGUUCCUCCCCUCACUCGGCACACUCUGAUUGGUCAGAAGGGAUGAGCAGUCCCGGGCAGCCUGGCAUGGCGCUACGCAAUAGCAGUGGAAGGCCACACUCGACAGAAGGCAUUUAUAUUUAAUAUAUCAAGAUGUGUGUCUUCAUCUGAAAACUUCCUUUUUUUGUGUGUUUUUAGAGACAACUUGUUACACUUCAUGAUAAGUGCAAAUAUGGAAUGGAUAUCACCUAUGAUAUGUUUGAAAUGUUUUGUACCUCACUGGGGUAGCUUAUUGCCAUUCACGAGAAAAAAGAUUUAGGAUGGAUUAACUAAAUCCAUAUGGACCAAUUAUAUUAUAGUGCAUUCCAAGUUAAUUAAUUUGUGGACCAUUGCAAAAAAAAAAGAAACGAUAUACUACAUGGAAUGAUGUGUAUUUUGAGGGAAAGCAGACGGAUAUGAGGCAUUCUACUUUCAGUGUUAACUUAAAUGAACUAACUUCUUGUUUUUAUCAUUAAGGGUAGUUUUUGUUCACCAUCACUGAGCCAAGAUGCAAUUUUGUAUAUAGGUAACUGUUUUUCAAGCUCUUCAACAGAUUCUGAAAGGCAAAGCAUGGCUAGUAGUACUUAGGUCAUUGCAAUAAGUUCUUCUUGGACCACAGGGUGUUACUCUAGAGAUUACUUAAAGAUGUGCUUUUUUUGUAAUGGGGAAAAAAGUUGAACCUAAGAUUGCUUGGUCAGAAGUGCUUAAUUUGAGAAAUGGCAAAGAAUAAGAUAUUUUUGUAAAUUAAGUAUAUACCUAACAGAUCAUGUUGGAUUUAAUAGAACUCGGUUCUUUAUAUUGUGUAAGUACUCAAAAUGUGUUUUGCCAUUUUAAAAAGAGGAGCUGUACAUAUAAAUGCGGAAAGUAUUCAAAAGUAGCCAGAUGUGCACUUGCAAUGAAUUUGUGUACAGCUGCAAUGAUUAAUGGUUGUAAAUAAAAAAAGAUUAGGUCUAGUCUUGUAAUAAAAGUGCAGCAGUUAUAUUUUUACAUGCUCUUAGCAUUGUCACAAGGUAUUUUAUAUAAUUCAUGUAAUUUAGAAAUAAUUGUAAGUUGAGAGGAAUUAUUGAGCAUAGCAGUUGCGUUACUUGUUAAGAUGUUUUUUUUUUUUUUUUUUUUUUU